AUGAUCAUGGGAGGUGUGAGAGAAUUGCUGCUCGUUGUGAUGACUGUGGGGGUUGUCAAAGUUUCUUGUUACCCUGUUGGAAAGUCCCAGAAGCAAGAUCAAGUCUCUCUGCAGAGGAGACUUGGAGAGCUGUCAUCAAAUGACGUCUCCAUUGUGCAUGCCCUGGCCUUGCUCCGAUCCAUAGGGUCUGACGCUAAACAAGCCAGAGAAGAGUAUUUAGAGACCAAUGAAGUAGAAUCCCAAGCUUCUCCAAACCAUGGUAGCUCUCCGGCAAAUGAUGCCCUGUCCUCUGAGGAGAAGCUGAGGCGCGUGUCCUCGGACGACGCCACCUCUGACGCUGCGACCGGCCCGUCUGGCGACGACGCCACCUCUGAAGCUGCGACCGGCCCGUCUGGCGACGACGCCACCUCUGGAGCUGCGACCGGCCCGUCUGGCGACGACGCCACCUCUGGAGCUGCGACCGGCCCGUCUGGCGACGACGCCACCUCUGGAGCUGCGACCGGCCCGUCUGGCGACGACGCCACCUCUGGAGCUGCGACCGGCCCGUCUGGCGACGACGCCACCUCUGGAGCUGCGACCGGCCCGUCUGGCGACGACGCCACCUCUGGAGCUGCGACCGGCCCGUCUGGCGACGACGCCACCUCUGGAGCUGCGACCGGCCCGUCUGGCGACGACGCCACCUCUGGAGCUGCGACCGGCCCGUCUGGCGACGACGCCACCUCUGGAGCUGCGACCGGCCCGUCUGGCGACGACGCCACCUCUGGAGCUGCGACCGGCCCGUCUGGCGACGACGCCACCUCUGGAGCUGCGACCGGCCCGUCUGGCGACGACGCCACCUCUGGAGCUGCGACCGGCCCGUCUGGCGACGACGCCACCUCUGGAGCUGCGACCGGCCCGUCUGGCGACGACGCCACCUCUGGAGCUGCGACCGGCCCGUCUGGCGACGACGCCACCUCUGGAGCUGCGACCGGCCCGUCUGGCGACGACGCCACCUCUGGAGCUGCGACCGGCCCGUCUGGCGACGACGCCACCUCUGGAGCUGCGACCGGCCCGUCCGGCGACGACGCCACCUCUGGAGCUGCGACCGGCCCGUCCGGCGACGACGCCACCUCUGGAGCUGCGACCGGCCCGUCCGGCGACGACGCCACCUCUGGAGCUGCGACCGGCCCGUCCGGCGACGACGCCACCUCUGGAGCUGCGACCGGCCCGUCCGGCGACGACGCCACCUCUGGAGCUGCGACCGGCCCGUCCGGCGACGACGCCACCUCUGGAGCUGCGACCGGCCCGUCCGGCGACGACGCCACCUCUGGAGCUGCGACCGGCCCGUCUGGCGACGACGCCACCUCUGAAGCUGCGACCGGCCCGUCCGGCGACGACGCCACCUCUGAAGCUGCGACCGGCCCGUCUGGCGACGACGCCACCUCUGAAGCUGCGACCGGCCCGUCCGGCGAC